AUGGUUGGAAUCACAGGGACCGCCCUAUCGGGGUUCAACUCUUACUUAACGGAACGUUAUCAUGUCCCUGUGCUGUUCUGUGUCCCUGUGCUGUUCUGUGUUCCUUUGCUGUUCUGUGUUCCUGUGCUGUUCUAUGUCCCUGUGCUGUUCUGUGUUCCUUUGCUGUUCUGUGUUCCUUUGCUGUUCUGUGUCCCUGUGCUGUUCUAUGUCCCUGUGCUGUUCUAUGUCCCUGUGUUGUUCUGUGUUCCUGUGCUGUUCUAUGUCACCGUGUUGUUCUAUGUCCCCGUACUGUUCUAUGUCCUUGUGCUGUUCUAUGUCCCUGUGCUGUUCUAUGUCCCUGUGUUGUUCUAUGUCCCUGUGCUGUUUUAUGUCCCUGUGCUGUUCUAUGUCCCAGUGCUGUUCUGUGUCCCUGUGCUGUUCUAUGUCCCAGUGCUGUUCUGUGUCCCUGUGCUGUUCUAUGUCCCAGUGCUGUUCUGUGUCCCUGUGCUGUUCUAUGUCCCAGUGUUGUUCUAUGUCCCUGUGCUGUUCUAUGUCCCAGUGCUGUUCUGUGUCCCUGUGCUGUUCUAUGUCCCAGUGCUGUUCUGUGUUCCUGUGCUGUGUUGUGGCGUCUCCGCCCAGCAUCGCCACGACGACACAGAACCGGACACUAUAAAGCUCUGUUCACCAGCAGAGCUCCCUCACAAGCUGAUGCAAACUGAUUCAACUAACCCAUGUAAUAAAGAAGUAGUAAGUACUUCCUCUACACAAGUAGAAGAGCAAAAGAGAGGGCUGGGGUGGGGAGAACCCCAGGCUCCUGAUGAUCUAGCACCAACAGUGUUAAAGAUCAGUGAUGCAGACCGUCCUGUAGAGCCGAUCCACUGUGGGAACGAUGGUCAAGACCAGGGAGAUCUGCAGGACCCCCAUCCCAGCCCUCCAUCUGGGGGAACCGGAAAACCGGAUUCCAGGAAGCGCAGUUCCUCACAAGAGCAAUAUUCACCGAUAAAACGUCCACGAGUCGAGGAGAGUCGUACUCAUGAUGAAGCAGGAUCAGCCGAUGGUCCAGCUACUGUGGACGCUACUCAGUCCACCAAUGACCGUCCAGCUACUGUGGAUGAUUUGCUGACUGGACUGGUGGAGAUUAGGAAACAGAGCAAAAUGAACAGAAUUGAUUAUUACUGUUCUGUUAAAAAGGCUAUACGAUACUUACUCCUACCCAAGAGUAUAGACUCUGCCAAAUAUAUACUAAAUAGAUAUAAAACUUUAAAAAAAAAUAAUAACAGUCCUAAUUUUCUUUACUUAAUAAAAAAAGUAGAGAAUGAAGCACCUGAUAAAAACAAACAAUACGGUUUUGCCUUUUUAAUAAACACAGAUCAAACAUUAGAGUGGAAAACUGGUCCACAUUUCCCAGAAAAUGAUCAACAUAGUGAGGAUUUUAUAGUUAAAAAAAUAAUGGAAAUGGUAGAAAAUAGAGAGAUUACUAAAAACAGUAAUCUUUAUAUAUAUUCUCUAAACAGUCCCUGUAUGGGCAAAAAAGGUGAAGAUAGUGUGCCCUGCAUCGUUCUGUUAACCUGUUUAACAUGGUUUUUGUUUAAAGAGUAUAAUAUUAAAACAUACAUUGGUUUUUCAAUAUAUUAUGGAUUUGCAGGACCCAUCAGUCAGCUUUUAGGUCCCUCGAAAGACCGUAAAUACAAUGAUCUAGUCACACAAGCUAUAAAAAAAAUUAAGGAUUCAAACCCUCAAUACAAAUUUAGCCUGAAAACGAUAAAGCAGUUUGAUGUGCGCAGUUUUAUUAAAAAUGCCACUGAAGGUGAAGACCAGAUUACACUGUUAGACAGACUAGGCAAAUUUAAAACAGAGGUCUAUGAGUCUUAUAACACAUUAAAAGGCUGGAAAAAGAAGUUUAAUGAAAUACUGGGAGAAAUAGCUGAUAACGAUCUUUAUAAUCGUAUUUGUGAUGCUUUCAGAUCUGGCUUUGAGAAAUGGUUCAAUGCUAGUGUAGAUCAAGCAUUACUUAGCGAACAUAUAAACAGAACAGCUUUUCAGUUCUUCCUUCAGGACAUCCAGAAGCUUCACCAGGACCUUCUGCCACAGCUUUUAACUGAUGAUAACAACAACGUUCCUCAGGACAUUUUAACUGAUGAUAGUAAGAAUCUGACCCAACUGGACUUUCUAAAGUUUAUUGAACUUCCUCUUCCUGAAUGAAAAUGAAAAUGGAUUAGAAUUUAAUGCUAUUGAACACACUGCAAUAAAUAAACCAAAACCCAACUGUG